AUGCAGCUGGGAGACAAACAGCACAGGGACUGCUGUCUGGAUGAGAAGCAGGGCGCGGGCCUGGCAUUCCUACAGGUGCUGCAGCUGGCGGCCCGCGGCCUGGCCUGAGGCUCGGCCGCGCUGCUCUCCUCGGCCGUGGCGGUGGGAAAGCCCCGCGGGGGCAGGGACGCGGAGCCACGCGUGGUCCAGGUGCCGGCGUGGGCGGGGUCCGCGGGCCCUGGGCCGGGCAUCUGGGACUCCAACUGGGACAGGCGAGAACCGCUGUCCUUGGCGAACCUGCGGAAGAAGAACCCGGAAUCUGGAGAAGAAGAACUGGCCUCCAGGCUGGACCACGACAAAGCCAAGGCCACGCGACACAUCUUCCUCACCAGGCACUCCCAGAACCAGAACCACGUGGAUGCUUCCCAGGAAAAGGACCGCACGCUGACGCCCCUGGGUCUUGAACAGGCUGAACCGACGGGGCUGUGACUUGCCAGCUUGGGCUUGAACUUUAAUAAAAUUGUCCAUUCGUCCAUGACCCGGGCCAUCGAAACCACUGCUGUGGUCAGCAAACACCUGCCAGGCGUCUCCAAGGUCAGCACAGACCUGCGGAGGGAAGGCGCCCCCAUCGAGCCCGACCCACCCGUGUCCCACUGGAAACCCGAGGCUGUGCAGUAUUACGAAGACGGGGCCCGGAUCGAGGCCACCUUCCGGAACUACAUCCACCGGGCAGACGCCAAGCAGCGGGAGGACAGUUACGUGAUCUUCAGCUGCCAUGCCAGCGUCAUCCGCUACAUCGUGUGCCGGGCGCUGCCGUUCCCCCCGGAAGUCUGGCUCCACCUCUCUCGCAACGACAGCAGCAUCAGCCACCUGGUGGUUCGGCCUGGUGGCCGAGGGGCGCUCAGGGCCCUCGGGGACACGGGGUUCGUGCCUCCGGACAAGAUCUCCGGCUCCCGAGGGCUGCCUGGAGGACCUGCUCCCUGGGUCCCCAGCCUGGUUCGCCCGGGUGCCGCCACGGACGCGGCUCCUUCCCUGUCUUCCCUCCACAGGCUGCGCUGCGGACGGGGCCUCACUGCCGCCGUCUGCGGGGACUACGGCCAGUUUGCACAGGCGUCUUUGGUCGUGACCGCUGUUGGCCACGGGAGCCCCUCGAGGCUGUCGGCAAAGGCCAUUAGGCAAGAGGGGCUCCCCGGAGGAGGGGCCGCCAGCGCUUCCGUUCAGAACUUGUCCACUGUGGCCAGCAAGGGGCCCCCACGGCACAGGCUGCGGCCGGGAAGGGGAGGCGGGGAGCCAGGGGAACCGGAGGAAGCUCAGGCUUCCCCGCCCGCGUGGGCGCAACAAGGCGGAACCGCUUCGGUCACUCAGGCGGUGGUGUCAGUCUCGGCCGCCGGGGGUGGGCGGAGGCUGCCUUCCGCUACCCGUCGCCUCCGGGCCACGCGCCCCGGAGUGGGUGUUCAGGGUCCACCCCCAGAGCGGGCGGCAGCCGCGCCCCCUGCAGCGAGGGUCCGUUCGGCCCGGAGCCGGCGACCGCACUCCUCACCCGCCCGGCGUAGCACCGCCUCUGGCCCGGGUGCAGGGGCCCGGCGCGCAGGCGGGGGGCGCUGUGGCCUCGGCGCGGGGACAGAGCGGCCGGGCCGGACCCGCCUCUUUCCCCUCCCCUCCCGCCCCCCACGCGUCGUGUCGCCGGGAAGCCGGGAGGAGACAGAGCGCUCGGGCUCCACGGCGCUCGGCCGGCCCGCAGUCCUCUGA